CCAAUUCACUGUUAUAGAGUACAUAAACGUUUCUCUGUGCACCAAGAAUAAUCUAACCUUGAGCCCUCAUUGAACUAACCAACUGGUACAUGUAGGAAUCAUGAAAGAGUUUGGCGUCCUCUCUAUCUGGCUGCUCAUCUAUCUGUUCCUGCUGCAGAGCUCAUCCUGUGCUGAAGACUUGAGUGUUGUGAAUCCAUGUUGCUCCUACCCGUGUCAGAGCUCAGGAGUGUGUGUGAGAGUUGGGGUGGAUGGCUAUGAAUGUGACUGCACUCGCACCGGCUUCAGCGGAGUCAACUGCACUGUUCCGGACUUCUGGACUGGAGUUGGUCUCUGGCUGAAGCCCAGUCCUACAACAGUUCACUUCUUCCUCACACAUUUCCAGUGGUUCUGGGCCAUCAUCAACAACUCUUUCCUCAGAGACACUAUUAUGAGAUUAGUGCUGACAGUCAGAAGUGACCUUAUUCCAAGCCCUCCAACCUACAAUACAAAGUAUGGAUACCUAAGCUGGGAGUCCUACUACAACAUCUCAUACUAUACCCGGCUCCUCCCUGCUGUACCUGAAGACUGCCCUCUACCAAUGGGAACCAAAGGCAAAGCUACUCUUCCUGAUCCCAAAGUUUUGGCUGAGAAAUUUUUCAGGAGAAGGAAAUUCCGGCCAGACCCUCAAGGAACCAACCUGAUGUUUGCCUUUAUGGCCCAACACUUUACCCACCAGUUUUUUAAGACAAAACAUGAUGUUUCUGGGGGCUUCACCAAGGCAUUAGGACAUGGGGUAGAUGCCAGUAACAUCUACGGUGAUAACCUUGAGCGACAGCUUCAACUCCGCUUUCUUAAAGAUGGAAAGCUAAAAUAUCAGUUAGUUAAAGGGGAGGUGUACCCUCCUACAGUCUCUGAGGUCCCUGUACACAUGGUGUAUCCUGAAGGUUUCCCUCCAGAGCAGCGUCUGGCCAUUGGACAGGAGGUGUUUGGUAUCUUGCCAGGCCUCACCAUGUAUGCCACCAUAUGGCUGAGGGAGCAUAACAGAGUCUGUGACAUCCUGAAGGCAGAGCAUCCCACCUGGGACGAUGAGCAGCUCUUCCAGACCACCAGACUCAUCAUCAUUGGUGAAAUAAUAAACAUCAUAAUCGAAGAGUAUGUGCAGCAGCUGAGUGGCUACCUACUGGAUUUGAAGUUCGAUCCAUCCCUGCUUUUUAGUUCACGGUUCCAGUACAGCAACCGCAUCGCCCUGGAGUUCUGCCAGAUCUACCACUGGCAUCCCCUGAUGCCCGACAGCUUCCUCAUUGAUGGAGAAGAAAUCCCAUACUCCCAGUUCAUUUACAACACCUCCCUUCUCAUGCACUAUGGGGUGGAGAAACUGGUGGAUGCUUUCUCUCGACAGCCUGCUGGACAGAUUGGUGGAGGACAAAACUCUCAUGAAGUUGUGCUCAAAGUUGCUGAAAUGGUCAUCAGAGAGUCUAGAGCAGCACGUGUGCGGCCCUUUAAUGAAUACAGAAAAAGGUUUAACCUGAAGCCAUAUACCUCCUUCUAUGAAUUAACUGGCGACACAGACAUGGCGAGAGGUCUAGAGGAGCUGUACGGUGACAUAGAUGCUGUGGAGCUCUAUAUCGGCGUCCUAAUGGAGAAAACUCGACCCAAUGCCAUAUUUGGUGAGAGUAUGGUCGAGAUGGGUGCUCCCUUCUCUCUGAAAGGUCUGAUGGGGAAUCCAAUCUGCUCCCCUGAGUACUGGAAGCCCAGCACAUUCGGAGGAGAGAUGGGCUUCAACAUCGUCAAAACAUCUACUUUGAAGAAACUGGUGUGCCUCAACACCAAGUGGUGUCCGUACGUGGACUUUCAUGUUCCAAGAAACGAGGAGGAGAAAAAACCAAAAGAACCAACCACCGAACUUUAAUAGUUUGGUGUUUAAACCAGCCUGCAGGUCUACCUCCUGAAAAUACAGCUGACAAACCACAGUUUAGGGAACUGAAGCCGAUUUGCUUGUAGAAAGAAGAUUUUUCAGAACUUAGUUAAAAUACUUUUUUUUACUUAAUUUUCCAUUUUCUGUCUUUUUAUCAGGCUCAUUUUUAUCAUAUCUCAUUACUGUGUAAUUUUGAAUUAUAAUACACAAACAUCUCACAUAAAUGUUGAAAUAACAAGUUUCAGUAAUUUAACAGGCAUUUGUGUUGCAUAUUGGCUAGAAUCUAAUCCCAGAAAUCUAUAAUAGAAACAAUAGAAAUGUUAGAUUUUAAGAAUAAAAGUUGAAAGUGCA